AUGCAUUGCUUAGCCCGUGAUGUAACCCAGGGCUCUGCCCCAGCAGCCGCCUCCCUCGCCCCUGUAACCUCUCUCUGCUCUGACCUAGAACAGAUCUGGCUCACCUCUCAUCCCCACCCUAACCUCCACGGUCCUUCUUCUGCCAGUCGCCAUGGCGUCUCGCUGCCAGGCCGGUGCUUCCUUCCCGCCCCGGGGAGCCCCGAGAGCUGCUCCGUCUGUUCUCCAGGCGCACCUUCCUGGCCGUGGACGCACGCUUCCAUUGAAUUAACCAUGUCGCUCGCCGGUCGGCGGGCCAAGAGAUUUACCUGGUAGCUCGCUCUCGUCUCCAUGGUGGCCGGCAAGCGCUCACGGCGGUCCCUCUCGUCGUCGGUCGAGGGCGCCUCUGGUCGACGGCCAGAAGUGCAUGGCUGGCAUGGUUUUUGUCAUCCAGCACCGUCUAGGUCCUUGAGUAUACAUAGGAUUCCAUAGCUAUGCAGAUUUGACACACCCGUCCAUCCAUCCAUGAUGCUCUGCACAACAGGUUAAUUAGCUGUAUACCCAUCCAGCGGUAAUUUCUCCUCUAAUUAAUCAGAUCAGACGCAACCCUUUUUCCCUUUUAACCAGUCCUUCAUUCUUUUUCAGCAUCCUCUCUUUGUAAUUAACGGUUGAUAUAUGUUGGGAUCCUUGUCCACGGAUGAUUUACUUUGUUAAUUUCUAAAGUAGGUUUUAUAUAUAUCCUUGUAUAGAAGAAGAAUCGAUUGUUGGAACUAGAUCGAAAAUAUGUAUAGUGUUUAGUUUUGAUUUUCUCUUUUGAGAAAAUGUAGACCAAGUUUAUCAGUGUAUCACUCGUACAUACUCCCUCCAUUUGACAAAGUUAGUACAAAGUUGGGUCAUCUAUUUUGGAACGGAGGAAGUACUACCUAGUAUAAGGGUUAGCUAUGAUUUUCUCUUUUUGAUUUUUUUUGUGUAGAUAGAGAUACUACUUAUAAUAAGUACUAUGCAUAAGGUUUAACUUUGAAUUAGAUUUACGGAUUUAUCAUUCCUAAGUAGUAUGAAUACGUAUUAGCUCUGAUUUUCUACUUUUGAAAAAAAGUUUUAGAUCAAAAUUUAUUGUUUAUCAUUCAUAAGUACUCUCAAUAUUUCUCUUUGAAAAAAGGAUGUAUAUCGAUGUUUACCCGUUAUCAUCCAUAAGUUAGUUCAAGCUUUCGCUGUAAUUCUUAAUAGUUCCAACCUCAAGUUUUCGUUCAUUUGUGAGUUCGCAACCUUUGUGGCUCCUUUGAUUCACAGGAUUAACAUGUUGUGUCAUGUACUCAUAUUCUUUAACUGAAAGAGUUUGCCAAAUAAUAUUGCCUCGACCUUUCUGCGCUCCUCUGUUAUUACUCGGCAAUGUGCGCACACUUCCGUUGAAAUACAACCAUAUCGGGUGCUGGUGGUUGAGGUGUUUACUUACCUUAUUGAAAAUUGACCAAUGUAUGUCUGGAUCGAUGCUUAAGUUUUUCUUUCACUUGCUAUAGUUAGUUGGUGAUCCAAAGUAUCGUUGUUCUCGAUUUUGCAUCGUUUCCAAGGUGUUUUGUUUGCUCUAAUUUCUUAUGCUGCUGCAUUUCUCGCCCUUAUUCCUUUUCCGUAUUGUGUUUACCACUAAUCAAUAUAUCAAUAUAUUGAUACAAGUCCUUGACUUUUCUUUACCGUCCGUCACCACUUAGCCCUGGUAAAGGCCCUCUCUCCUGGUACAUCAUACGUAUCAGUGGCGAGCGCAGUAAAAAAUAGAUAAACUAAUGCUAUUGACCACACUGACAUGAGCUUGUCCCCUCUUGUGUCACUUGCAGAUAGGCCCCAUGCAAUGCUCAACACCGGAGUGUUGUGAACUUAAUUGGAAGCAGAAUCGAUACAAGUCCGCGGUACAAUAUUGGAUUGAGCGUGCACUUCCUACUUGGCAUCAGGCUGACAAUAAUAUACGCCAUGACCUUGUACUUUCUGUCUUUUGGUUGGCAGGAAUAAAACAAAGGUUUGCCUACACCACUGAUGAUGCCGCCGCCGCCACUUCGGCUAUCGCAAGACCAUUUUGUCCGCCGCUACAUCAGGCGCAAGAUACUUUCGGCCGCCGCUGCCUCAAGGUUGGGUUGCCAUGUAUAUAUCAGCAAGAAAUGGGCCGGAGGAAGAAACGAAGCAAGCCCAGCAGGCUGCCCAUUUGUCCCAGCCCGCAGCACAAGCAGAUGCACGCCCGCAUCCCGCAGCCCCGCAUUGCUCCCGUCCCCUUUGGUAUCCAUUCCGCACCAAAACCUAGAUGCACGCCGCACCAGCCGCCUCCGGCCGGACGCCGCGCCCUUCCUCAGUAGGCCGCCAACUCUAGCCGCCCUUCCUGCUAGUGGCUGCGCGCCUGCGCCCUGCUGCUUCCACGCCGGCGCCGGCCACGGCGACCAGUCUUAAGCGGCCAGCGCCCAGCGGCAGCAGCUUCGCCGACGGCCGGCGGUGUGCAGGCGUGCACGCUGCGCUGGGGUCUGGAGACGUGCAGCAUAGCAAGCUAGCAGCUGGGAGCUGAGCAGCAGCCUGCAACCACUUUGUUUGGCCGAUUUGUCCAGAGCCUCAAGAGCCUAAGCAUCUCAUGGCGAACAUACAUCCUGACUUCAAGAAGAAGAUGGCUCGUGCAGUGGGCAUAGUUAACUUGGAACUAUCCGACCCUUCUGAAGUUCUGCUCCAAGAUGUGGUCAAGGUGUUGGUGGACAGAACCACUGGUGUUGUGAUGCAAAAAGCAUUCCGCAUCUUGGCCUCCCCACUCCCGGUCGAUUAUAUGGACAAGCCAAUCGCAAGACUCUUCCCCAAUCCUGAUGAUUAUUUUGCCUCGAUCGGGCUUGAUUCAACAAUUGGUUCACCAUUCACUAUCCCCUGGUCCGAGUCUUCUUUGAACGAUGAUGUUCCGUAUAUUAUACAUGCUCGUUACCACCGGUUGGCUGGCCAUUUAGUGCUCCUUGCUUCCUUACCAACAGAUGGCGUUGAGAAUGCUUCAAGAGCCGCACAGUUCAAAAACCAUGUCCUUGAAGAGCUGUGUCAUCUGGCUAUCAAGAGCUCCACGAACCAUGUUGAUUCAUUGUUCCUUCCUCAUCCAAUUUAUGUAUGGGUGGUUCGGGAGAUUGAAGAACUUCAUGCAAAGAAGCAAGCUGCAUUGGGGGGCGGUGGCUCCCACCAAGGAAAGCGCAUCAAGUUUCAGAUUCAACAUCUUGAGGGCUUCUUGACCAACGGCAACCUGAAGUAUGGUUGGAAGCUCUUCUGCUGCAAGCAGGUUAUGUCGAAGUCUCUGGAAGGACUCGAGGAAGUUGUUGAGAAGCUCGAACAGCAGGACGAAAACCUGAAGGAGGUGUACCGAAUCCUUGCCCAUGAGCUUCCGGCAGAGUUCAUGAGCCAACCCAUUGGUGACCUUCUCCCUCAUACCAUCUUGCUGGGCCUCCCGCUGGACAUGGACAAGCCGGUGAGUGUAAAAUUUGGUCCAUAAUUCUGUUGGUCUUGCCUGAUGUUCGCUGUUGUGUUAUCCUGCGGUUUCUUGCUAUCUUUCUGAUUCCAUUUGAUCUGCUUUUGGCACAUGUUUUAUGGUUGCUGAUUGAUGUAAAACUUGAUAGCUCUAGCAUCUCAAUUCUGUAUGCUGUACUGUGUUUUUACGUCUGAAAUGCUUGUGUUCCUCAAA